AUGUCGAUCGACGCGACCCGCCGCCCCGACCUAAAGCGCAAACUCGUCGUCGUCGGCGAUGGCGGCUGCGGUAAGACGUGUCUCCUGACCGUGUACGCCGAGAACCGCUUCCCCGAGGAAUACGUGCCUACCGUCUUCGAGAACCUCGUCACCAUGGUGCCACAUCCUACCGACCCGGGAAAGACGAUUGAGAUGGCGUUGUGGGACACGGCUGGGCAGGAAGACUUUGACCGUCUCCGGCCGCUGUCGUACAAUGACACGGACGUGAUUCUCGUCGUGUUCGCGUGCAACCACAGGCCAAGUCUGGAGAACGUGUAUGACAAGUGGUACCCCGAGAUGUCGCACUUCUGCGAAGGCGUUCCCCUCCUCCUCAUCUGCACGAAAACUGACCUGCGAAACGAUCCGACGACAAAGAGCCUCAUGGCCGCGCAGGGCGUGACGCCAGUGACCUCUGCCGAGGGCGAGAAGGUGGCCAAGGAGAUUGGAGCGCGGCGCUAUCUCGAGUGCUCAGCCAAGGAGGGCCAGGGCGUCAAGGAGGUGUUUGACACGGCCAUCCGCGAGAGCUUGCGCAAGGGAGCCGCUGUGACGCGCAUGGUCAAGAAGAAUAGCAAGAAAUGUGUCGUGCUAUAG